GGAAAUUUCAAUAGAUCCAUACUAAUUUCUUGUUUGACAAUAAAAAUAAUUCCUCUUUUUCAAAAGAUGUAUUCGUUAAGAAGUUCCUUGUUAAUUCUCGGCUUAUUUGGUCAUAUUGUAUAUGUUAAGUCACAAUCAAAUUGUACCCUUGAUAAUCUUUACAGCUGUUGCAGUAUUGAAGGGGGAACAAAUGCAAGAACUUUUCUUCGAAACCAACCUAAAGGAAUUAAUUCACAACAAGUUGUUAAAUAUUAUACGGAUUUGUGCAAGUUUCGUACGCUGUAUGAAAAAGCAGCAUUUAUUCAAGCACAAUAUGAGAAACUUUCAACGGUUGAUUUAAGCACCAUGUUUACUACACCUAAACCUCCUACUACUCCAACUAGACCGACUACUACACGUAAAUCUACAAUACCUCCACCGAAAACUUCACCGAAGUCUAAUAUUCAACCAAUGAGACCAAUUCAAACAUCAAUGACGAAUAGUACUCGAGCUCCAUAAAAAAAGUGUUUAGAUAUUCAGUGAAAAUAAAUUCUUUUCAUACGA